GAGCGCGCCCGGGAGCAGCAGCAGCAGCAGCAGCCGCCGCCGCCGCCGCCGCAGGAAGGAGAAAAAGAGAGCGGAGCAGAGGAGAGAAAAGGAGAGGGGGCGCUAGAAGGAGAGGCAGGCGGGGACCUGGCUCUGCUGGAUGCUGGAUUUUCGGACUCUCGUUGACUCUCUCCUACUCCUCAGCGCCGGAGUGUGAGACUCGCACCCGUGCCGGCAGCAGCGGCCGGCGACUCCGCUCGUAGCUGCUGCUGUUGCGGAGCUUGGAUUAAAUUGGGCGCCUCGGAGACGAGCGUGAGCAACGGGAGGAGGUGGCGGCGGGAAGCGGCGGCGGUGGAGGGCGGGCAGGCGGCGGCGCUGGCUGCCUCUGGGACCGGGGAGCCAGCAUGACCAGGCUCUGAAAAUAUUUCAUCUGAAAUUUCAGACUGGACAGACUCGCAGUGGCUUCUAAGCCAGUGAGAACGAGGCUGCGAAAGCAUGCUGGUGCCAAGCUCUUGGAUGAUGCACGUAGUCAGGCCAGUGGUGGUGCUCCUGUGCUUUCUACUCUGUGCUGAUGCUGAAACGCCACCAAAGUUUACAAGAACACCUGUUGACCAGACAGGGGUUUCUGGAGGUGUUGCUUCAUUCAUCUGUCAAGCCACAGGAGACCCAAGACCUAAAAUUGUCUGGAACAAGAAAGGAAAGAAAGUCAGCAAUCAGAGAUUUGAGGUAGUAAUAGAGUUUGAUGAUGGGUCUGGAUCCGUUCUUAGAAUACAACCACUGCGCACACCACGAGAUGAAGCUAUUUAUGAGUGCGUGGCUUCCAAUAGUGUUGGUGAAAUAAGUGUGUCCACAAGACUCACUGUUUUACGUGAGGACCAAAUUCCCCGUGGUUUCCCCACCAUUGAUAUGGGUCCCCAGCUGAAGGUGGUCGAACGAACUCGUACAGCUACCAUGUUAUGUGCAGCCAGUGGCAACCCUGAUCCCGAAAUAAGUUGGUUCAAAGAUUUCUUACCUGUUGACACAAGCAACAACAACGGCCGCAUCAAGCAAUUACGAUCAGAAUCUAUUGGUGGUACACCAAUAAGAGGUGCCCUCCAAAUUGAACUGAGUGAAGAAUCUGACCAAGGCAAAUAUGAGUGUGUUGCAACCAACAGUGCGGGUACACGCUAUUCUGCCCCUGCCAAUCUAUAUGUCAGAGAGCUGCGAGAAGUUCGACGGGUCCCACCGAGGUUCUCUAUCCCCCCCACCAAUCAUGAGAUCAUGCCUGGCGGGAGUGUAAAUAUCACGUGUGUUGCAGUGGGGUCACCAAUGCCAUAUGUGAAAUGGAUGCUAGGAGCAGAAGAUUUGACACCUGAGGAUGAUAUGCCAAUAGGGAGGAACGUCCUUGAGCUUAAUGAUGUCAGGCAGUCUGCAAACUAUACUUGUGUUGCUAUGUCUACCCUUGGUGUUAUAGAAGCAAUAGCGCAGAUAACUGUGAAAGCCUUACCUAAACCUCCUGGAACACCUGUGGUGACAGAAAGCACAGCAACAAGCAUAACAUUGACUUGGGACUCUGGAAAUCCUGAGCCAGUUUCUUACUACAUGAUCCAACUCAAGCCCAAGAACUCUGAGGAGCCAUAUAAAGAAAUUGAUGGUGUUGCCACAACACGCUAUAGUGUGGCUGGUCUAAGCCCAUAUUCAGAGUAUGAAUUUCGGGUAGUUGCUGUAAAUAACAUUGGGCGAGGGCCACCCAGUGAGCCUGUGUCAACAAGAACUUCAGAGCAAGCACCUUCAAGUGCACCACGCAAUGUACAGGCCCGUAUGUUGAGCUCUACCACCAUUUUGGUACAGUGGGAAGAACCUGAGGAACCUAAUGGACAAAUACAAGGUUACAGAGUUUAUUAUACUAUGGACCCUACUCAACAUGUCAACAGCUGGCUGAAACACAAUGUGGCUGACAGCCAUAUCACUACUAUUGGGAAUCUCGUGCCCCAGAAAACAUACUCCGUGAAGGUUCUUGCUUUUACUUCUGUUGGGGAUGGACCACUUUCCAGUGACAUUCAAGUCAUCACUCAAACAGGAGUCCCUGGUCAGCCAUUGAACUUCAAGGCAGAACCUGAGUCUGAAACAAGCAUAUUACUUUCCUGGACACCUCCACGUUCUGAUACUAUUUCCAGCUAUGAAUUGGUUUACAAAGAUGGGGAGCAUGGGGAGGAGCAACGGGUUUCCACUGAACCUACUACAUCUUAUCGUCUCCAAGGCCUGAAGCCAAACAGCCUGUACUUAUUUCGUCUAGCAGCACGUUCUCCACAGGGACUGGGUGCUUCAACAGCAGAAAUCUCAGCAAGAACCAUGCAGUCAAAGCCAUCAGCUCCUCCUCAAGACAUUAGUUGCACAAGCCCCAGCUCCACUAGCAUUUUGGUAAGUUGGAAACCUCCACCAGUGGAAAACCAGAACGGCAUUAUCACUGCAUACUCCAUCAAGUACAUUGAGAUUGAUGGAGAAGAUGUCAAACCCCAUGAAAUUUUGGGAAUUUCCUCGGACAGUACCCAGUACCUUUUGGAACAGCUGGAAAAAUGGACUGAGUACCGGAUCUCUGUGACUGCCCACACUGAUGUUGGACCUGGCCCAGAGAGCUUAGCAGUAUUGAUUCGGACAGAUGAAGAUGUUCCUAGUGGUCCUCCUCGCAAAGUCGAGGUAGAGGCUGUCAACUCUACUGCUGUUAAAGUGUCAUGGCGUUCACCUGUACCCAAUAAGCAGCACGGUCAGAUCCGAGGAUACCAGGUCCACUAUGUAAGAAUGGAAAACGGAGAGCCAAAGGGUCAGCCCAUGCUGAAGGAUAUCAUGCUGGCUGAUGCACAGUGGGAAUAUGAUGAUACUACUGAACAUGAAAUGAUAAUUUCUGGACUUCAGCCUGAUACUACAUACUCCUUCACUGUGACAGCCUACACAACAAAAGGCGAUGGAGCACGCAGCAAGCCCAAACUUGUAUCUACCACUGGUGCAGUUCCAGGCAAACCUCGACUGGUGAUUAGCCACACACAGAUGAAUACAGCUCUAAUUCAGUGGCACCCUCCUGUGGACACCUUUGGCCCGUUGCAGGGUUACCGCCUGAAAUUUGGUCGCAAGGAUGUGGAUGCAUUUACAACCAUGGAGUUCUCAGAAAAGGAAGAUCACUUCACAGCUACAGACAUUCACAAAGGAGCUUCUUAUGUCUUCAGGCUCUCAGCUAGAAAUAAAGUGGGCUUUGGGGAGGAGAUUGUUAAAGAGAUUUCUGUUCCUGAAGAAGUGCCCAGUGGAUUCCCUCAGAAUCUCCACUCAGAAAGCUCUACUUCUACAUCAGUUCAAUUAACUUGGCAGAUGCCACUCUUGGCAGAGAGAAAUGGCAUUAUCACCAAAUACACCAUCUUGUACAGAGAUAUCAAUGUUGCUUACCAGCCGGUUGAACUCCCUGUUGUUCCUGCUGAUACCACAAUGACACUUUCUGGCUUAAAACCAGAUACCACUUAUGAUGUAAAAGUACGUGCCCACACAAGCAAAGGGCCUGGUCCAUAUAGUCCAAGUGUCCAGUUCAGGACACUACCCGUGGAUCAAGCAGUGUUUGCAAAAAACUUUCAUGUUAAAGCAGUAAUGAAAACUUCGGUUUUACUGUCUUGGGAGAUUCCAGAAAACUACAACUCAGCUUUGCCUUUCAAAAUCCUUUAUGAUGACGGCAAAAUGGUGAUGGAGGUUGAUGGACGUGCUACUCAAAAACUGAUCACUAACUUGAAGCCUGAGACAUCGUAUUCAUUUGUGCUGACAAACAGAGGGAACAGUGCUGGAGGUCUUCAGCACAGAGUGACAGCAAAGACUGCACCAGAUGUGCUUCGCACCAAGCCAGUCUUCAUUGGAAAAACCAACUUAGAUGGCAUGAUAACUGUGGAACUUCCAGAAGUACCAUCAAAUGAGAAUAUAAAAGGCUAUUACAUAGUUAUUGUGCCUUUGAAGAGAUCUCGUGGAAAAUUUAUCAAACCAUGGGAAAGUCCAGAUGAAAUGGAACUAGAUGAGCUUCUUAAGGAGAUAGCUAGGAAACGCAGAAGCAUUCGUUUUGGGAGGGAAGCUGAAUUAAAGCCGUAUAUUGCAGCUCACUUUGAAGUUCUUCCUACGGAGUUCACACUGGGGGAUAAGAAGCAUUAUGGUGGCUUUGAGAAUAAACAACUGCAAAGUGGUCAAGAAUAUGUCUUCUUUGUGUUGGCUGUAAUGGAGCACUCAGAAUCUACCAUGUAUGCAACCAGUCCAUAUUCUGAUCCAGUUGUGUCCAUGGAUCUCGAUCCCCAACCAAUUACAGAUGAAGAAGAAGGCUUGAUCUGGGUUGUAGGACCAGUUCUUGCAGUGGUAUUUAUCAUCUGCAUUGUUAUAGCGAUACUUCUUUAUAAAAGUAGUAAACCUGACAGGAAGAGGGCUGAAUCUGAUUCUAGAAAGAGCAGCAUACCCAACAGCAAGGAAGUCCCCUCUCACCAUCCUACAGACCCUGUGGAGCUGCGACGCCUUAAUUUUCAAACUCCAGCUUUGAGCAGUAAUUCAGUCCCCUACGCCUCCUUGAUUGGCUCUGUGUCCUCCCUCUCUAGCCAAACUACCACUCAGUCCUUAUAUGAUAAUAACUCUCUCCCACGAUUCGCUCGAAAAGGUAUGGCCAGUCAUCCCCCAAUACCUAUCUUGGAACUUGCAGAUCAUAUUGAAAGAUUGAAAGCAAAUGACAAUUUGAAGUUCUCACAGGAGUACGAGUCUAUUGACCCAGGUCAGCAGUUUACAUGGGAACACUCCAACCUGGAAGUAAACAAACCAAAGAAUAGAUAUGCAAAUGUAAUUGCAUAUGACCAUUCUCGUGUUCUACUCUCAGCAAUUGAAGGCAUACCAGGCAGUGACUACAUCAAUGCCAACUACAUAGAUGGAUACAGAAAGCAGAAUGCAUAUAUAGCAACACAAGGGGCAUUGCCAGAAACCUUCGGAGACUUUUGGAGAAUGAUGUGGGAGCAACGUGGUGCAACUGUCGUCAUGAUGACAAAACUGGAGGAGAGGUCCAGGGUUAAGUGUGAUCAGUACUGGCCAAGCAGAGGCACAGAAACUUACGGACUCAUCCAAGUGACCCUUUUAGACACAGUUGAAUUGGCAACAUACUGUGUUCGUACAUUUGCACUUUACAAGAAUGGUUCAAGUGAGAAAAGGGAAGUGAGGCAAUUCCAGUUCACUGCCUGGCCUGACCAUGGUGUUCCAGAACACCCAACACCAUUCUUAGCUUUCCUGCGACGUGUCAAGACCUGUAACCCACCUGAUGCUGGUCCAAUGGUUGUACACUGCAGUGCUGGAGUUGGCAGGACUGGCUGUUUCAUUGUGAUAGAUGCCAUGUUGGAGAGAAUAAAGCAUGAAAAGACUGUAGAUAUUUACGGCCACGUAACUCUAAUGAGAGCUCAGAGGAAUUACAUGGUUCAAACUGAGGACCAAUACAUCUUUAUCCAUGAUGCGCUGCUGGAAGCAGUGACAUGUGGAAAUACCGAAGUGCCAGCCAGAAACCUGUAUGCAUAUAUUCAGAAGCUGACACAGAUAGAAACAGGAGAGAAUGUCACAGGAAUGGAACUGGAAUUCAAGCGUCUUGCUAGCUCUAAGGCUCACACUUCAAGAUUCAUCAGUGCCAAUCUUCCUUGUAAUAAAUUCAAAAAUCGCCUUGUCAAUAUUAUGCCAUAUGAGUCUACAAGAGUAUGCUUGCAGCCAAUCCGAGGAGUGGAAGGUUCUGAUUAUAUUAAUGCCAGUUUCGUUGAUGGAUACAGACAACAAAAAGCUUACAUAGCUACGCAGGGUCCUUUGGCAGAAACAACUGAAGAUUUCUGGAGGAUGCUGUGGGAGCAUAAUUCUACAAUUGUGGUCAUGCUUACUAAGUUACGAGAAAUGGGCAGAGAAAAAUGCCACCAGUAUUGGCCCGCAGAGCGUUCAGCCAGAUAUCAGUAUUUUGUGGUAGAUCCAAUGGCAGAGUACAACAUGCCACAGUAUAUUCUAAGGGAAUUCAAAGUUACAGAUGCAAGGGAUGGCCAGUCCCGAACAGUGAGGCAGUUCCAGUUCACUGACUGGCCAGAACAAGGAGUGCCAAAGUCUGGAGAAGGAUUUAUUGAUUUCAUAGGCCAAGUGCAUAAAACAAAAGAGCAGUUUGGUCAGGAUGGACCGAUCUCUGUUCAUUGCAGUGCGGGUGUUGGAAGGACUGGAGUAUUCAUAACUCUGAGCAUUGUGUUGGAAAGAAUGAGAUAUGAAGGUGUUGUAGAUAUCUUCCAGACUGUCAAAAUGUUAAGGACACAGCGGCCAGCCAUGGUACAGACAGAGGAUCAAUAUCAAUUCUGCUAUCGAGCCGCACUGGAAUAUCUGGGCAGCUUUGAUCACUAUGCAACAUAAAAACCCAUCCUGGAUUUUUAUUGCAGGCCCUUCAAGAUCCAGAGAGCCGCUUCUGAGCCAUACAAUGUGCUUUAGAAGUACUUCUUAGCUCUUUGCUAUGGAGCGAUUAUUGGGGAUAUAUAAAAUAAAUUUAAAAAAAAAAAAUUGGGGAUAUUUAAAAACAAAACAGACCCAACAAUUCCAUGUGGACCAAGAAUUCACAGUUUAAUAACCUAACCAUAAUAAAAGAAUCCUGACCACUGAGGCAUCUGAAGGAUCUCAUUUACAGAUACCUCAAGGGUUCAACAUUGUUUGAAGUCAAAGGGAAGAGGAAAUUGUUGGAAAGAGCAACCAUCUUGUUCAGGCCUGCAUGCCUUUUGCAAAAAAGAAAUGUGAGAACUGCAAUUCAGCGCAAGAUGCUUGUUGAAAGGUCAGGACCUGGCUUCAAGACAAAGCAGACUCUUUGCUUCAACAGUACCCCUUCCCAUCAUAUUGCUCAUGAUAACACUUUAGGGAAAAUGUGAGAAUGUUUAAAACGAAAGUCCUUGAUUUAGUUUUUUAGUAUUGUAAAGAUACUGCUGACCUGUGCUUCAUUUUUAACUGUGUAAACUUUUUCCUUUUUUUAACAAGAGUUUAUCAUUCAAUGAAGUGAAUUAAAGAAAAGGUUGCAUAACUGUUAAUUUUUUUUGUUUAAAAAUUGUAUUUUUUUUUAAGCCGUAGAACUCUUAUCUGUAAUAUUGUGCUGUAGAAUGUUAAAUAAUUUGAAAAUUUGCACAUUUUUGUGCAGUUCUGUAUUUAUCUACAGUACCACAGUCUUGUUAGACAUUAUUUUAUACUUCAGUUUGUUUUAGUUUUCUUUAAGAAAAUACUCAUUGUAAUCAGUUAAAUCAAAAUGGGACUUUUUGGUUUCUUUUGGAAUCAACAGGGAGGCGCAAAGUAUAAAGAUGCUGCUACCACACACGCACACACUCACGCAUACACGUGUACAUGCACAUGCACACCCACACCCUCUCUCUUUCUAUAUGUAUAUGUACUUAUUACUGUCAAUCCCUAUCUGGCUCUCUGUAGUUACAGAGACACAGAGAGGUAGACACACACACACACACACACACGCACACACACACACGUACACAAACAUACCGGUUCUUCCACAACCUGGAUUUAUCAAAGCAUUUGAAAAUUUUCUCAGCAUACUACUAUUACAUUACACCAGUAUUUAGUCACAUCUGCAUUUCCAAGAUCCAUAAACUUCUUUUUCUAGGAGAAGUGAGGAAUGCACAUCAUUGAUAUUUGAACAUUGUCUCUGUACCAAGCAGUAUUUCUCUCCACAUUGCCACUUCCACACAUAGAUAUCACACAUGUGCACACAUGCACACACAAGCAUACUUAUGCACACACACACACACAGUAUGUGGUUUAGGCUUCCAGUGAAGUUCAAUAUUUGUAACACUAUAGUGCAAUAAGAAAUCAUAUUAUUAAAUGUUAGGAGGUGUGCAUGUGGGAAAGAUCAGUGCAUAUCCCUUUAGGAGGGGAAAAUGUUGUAAUAUACUAGGUAUUAAGAUGUUUUAAAAUUGUAUUCAAUAAUAAUGUCUAUAGUGUGCGCUAUAUCAUUUACGUUUAUUGUAUAUAGCAGGGCAAAGCCAAACACACAUUGCUCUGUGAAAUCAAAAGUUUUGUGGCAUACAGUGUUGUUUGGGGAUGCUGGUUUUUAUUUUAAUUUUACAUUUAGAGUGCCUUAUAUUUGAUGCCUGUUUUGAAUGACAUUUAUUUAAGUUAGCCUUCAUUUGUAUUUAGUUCAGUUUAUUCAUAUAUGUGUUAUUCCUUUCAAACAUUUUAAUACAUGUAUCAGACAAUUUGGAAUAAUAUGCAUUCCCAGUUUCUAUUCAAGUAUGGUUGAUAAUAAAUGAUAACCCAAAACAUGUAGGUAUUCAAGGCCCUGUAUAUUUUCAUAUUUCCAAUAGAUGACCAGUCUACAACUUAAAUACCUGUUUCUGGUUGACCCAUCAUGUCACCAAUCAUAGUGUUAUCAUUACAGAGAUGUAGCAGUACCGUAGCGGUUAUCAACAUUAGCAGUGCUAACACAUCCAUAUUAUUGUUUUGACUUAGGUCCAACUCCUGCUUAUUCCAUUAUGUCAAUAGAUUGCUAAAGUUAAACCAUUCCUUUCAUUAAGGCUAGCAAGAUUAAGCUGGAAGAAUUUAUUUGAUAAUGGCGCUGCAUUUUCUUCCAGAGGACAAACAAAAUUCUUUAAGUAGCAGAAAAUACUUCUUAACAUUCUUAAUACAAUGCCAUUUACACUGACUUUGGUUUCCAUUGUGUCUUGUGCUGUCAUCAGUACAUGCGUAUCAAAGGAUUUUUGUGGAGCAUUGGUAUGGCUUGUGACCUCAACUUUUCUUCUUCCACAUUUUUCACUACUAGUAGAAGGAAAAGUAUGGAAGACUAAAUUCUAGCAAGCAUUAUAUUUGAGCACUUUUGUGAGAAAACACACACACACAAACACAUGCACACAUACACAUAGAUAUAUAUAUGAAACAGAAUUAUAUAGAAGGCUACCUCAGAAUGAGACUCUGUAACUUACAUCUGGACCAGAGAAGAAUGUGCACUAAGUUUCUUUGUCUUCUUUUCUUAUUUGUACAUUUAACUAAUUAUUGAAGUGCCAGUUUAUGUGAUGGUGUCAUGUGCUUCGGAUUAGAUCAGAAAAAGCAUAAAAAUAAAUUUUAAAAAAAGCAAAAUUUUGGAAACAUAACCUAGGGAAUAUCCUUGCACAUUGGAACUCUAAAUAGAUCAGAACAACAAAAGAAGGAAAGAAAAAAAAAAAAAAGUAAGGGAAAUUGUACACUAUUUUUCUUUUAGUUUUUGUGUUCUUAAGAAACCUUUAAAAUCAUUGAUGUGCAUUCCACUUUAUAUAAUCUUAUAUAUUGGUAUUCUACAAUUAAUUUAAAUUGUGAGCAUCUUUGCCUGCAUACAUCAUACAUUUCCAAGCUUAGAAUUGGCUUCAUCAGCAUAACCAGUAUGGUGCUAUUUAUGUUUGUAUGUGUAGUUAUGUCUUAUUUCGUGAUAAGUUGCAAUGCGGAAAAAAAGUCAAAAUGUAUGAAAAGGAUUUAAGUUUAAUUUAGCUCUUUCUUAAAACAGACUUGAGUUGUUAGAAAUUGGAGAGGAAAGCUGGGAAAGGGAGGGGCCCUCCAGGGAGAUUUGCACUUUCUAUACCUUUGUACUAUGCACUGCCCUAUUGAUUCUACACUCAACAACGUUAUUACUUGAACCCAUCUAUAAAAAAAAGAAAUGCUUAUAAAAUCCACUGGUGUUAUAUUUAAAUGACACAGAACACGUUAAAAGGAAAAAAAAUGCUUGCAGUGACAAGGAAAUGCAAUUACAUUUUUUUUCCUUUUAUUCUUUCCUGGUAGUCCUUUCAUUUUUCUGUUUUCCUUUUUUUUUUUUUUUUUUCCUUCUUUCAUUUCUUUUUCUUUUUUGUUUAUUCGUUUGGUUUUUGUUUUAGUUUGUUGUUGUUUUUUUUUUUUUUUUUUUUUUUUUUUUUUGUGCCCUAAUACUUCACAGACAUCAGAAGGCUACAGGUCUCAUCAUAACCAUCUGUUAACGUGGCUUUGCCAUUCAAGCUUGGAGUGUCUUUACAAAGAUAAUUAAAAAAAUGUGUUCUUCGCUCUUGUUUUGGAUGCAUAGACUGAAAAUUAAAAAAAAAAAAUUACCUUGUAAAAUGGCUUGUUAAAAAGAUACAAUUACCUCUAAUUAGUAGUACGCGUAAAUGUUUUACAGAAUGAAAGGCGUGCUUUUUAUUUUCUUACUUCGUUACAUUGGUGGCGAAAGAAAGUCUGUAUGAAAAUCAGUUCUUUGCUGACACAAGUUCCAUUUGUUACAAAUGAAUUCUAAUAAAAUGUCAGUGUUAUGCAGCCCUGGUCUUCUUUCUUAAGCAGUACUUUUGAAAUCAAAGCUUAGUUGGUCACCCUUUGUGAUAAAGAAUUUAAUUGGAACUACAAAGUAGUCAUUAAUCAUAGCUACUGGCUGGACAGUGGAGAGUGCAUUCCUACAUUAGCAAAUGUAUUUUCUUCAGCAUCAAAUUUUGAGCCAGUGUAGACAAAAUCUUUCUUUGGCAUAUGAAUUUCAGUGAAAUUAUCACACUUCGCAUACGUAAGGAAUUCCUGUAUGUACUUUAGAUUUGUGUCAUUACAAUGAGAAAAUAGACUAUUGUCCGAUUGUAUUUCAAGUCAAAGAAGUAAAAUAUCACAUAUUUGUAGGGAAUUUUUCAGAAUUUGGCAGGUUCUGGAGUAAAUCCAAAGUCAUAGGUCAAAGUACACUUAUGGAAGUAGCGGCAAUCAAUCAUGACAUAUAUUUAAUUCAUUUUCUCUCUGUGCUGCAUGUUCUGAUGAUUCCUAUGAGUAAAAACAUUGGUUUGUGACACUACAGUGUUCCAAAAUGUUUUCAAAAACUAUGAAAAAGUUUUAGAUCAAUGUUACAUAUUUUGCGGUAGGCUGCAAGCGUCAUGGCAUGGAAAUCUAGUCAAGAAAAUAGAAAGGAGUCUUACUGUGCUUGCUUUGAAAGAGAGCUCUAUCCCUAUGAUUGCUUUGUUUCUAAGGAAUCACAGCCUAUUAGCCAUUCUUAUGAAAUACAUGUUAAUAAUGUCAAUUGUCAAUAAAGAAUUCUCUAUUCAAGAAA